GCAAUGGCGAAUCCAUCACAAAGAAGGCUGUGUGUAGUCUGAAAAUCUGGUAUGGCUGUCUAAAACGGAAGAUGAGUCAAUACGAAGUGAAGUGCAUUGAAAAUUGAAUUGGAGAUAUCUCCGAACUGUGUCUAAUUUACGAAGUUUUUAUCACCAGUGCUGCCUGCAAGAAAAUGAACGGCUUAAGUCUCAGUGAGCUGUGUUGUUUGUUUUGUUGUCCUCCUUGCCCAACGAGGAUUGCUGCCAAACUGGCAUUCUUGCCACCAGAACCUACCUACAACUUUCAAGCGGAUGAAACGGGUUCGAAAUUUAGUUUGAAUUUGACAGAAAGAGCCGAGUGGCAAUACUCCGAGAGAGAAAAGGAAAAUAUUGAAGGUUUUUUCACAAGAACUUCCCGAGGAAAUCGAAUAGCCUGUUUGUUUGUGAGGUGUAGUACAACAGCUCGGUUCACAAUAUUGUUUUCACACGGUAAUGCCGUAGACUUAGGACAAAUGAGCAGUUUCUAUCUAGGGUUAGGUUCACGGAUAAACUGUAAUAUAUUUAGUUAUGAUUACUCAGGCUACGGGGUCAGUACUGGAAAGCCAUCGGAAAAGAAUCUGUAUGCAGAUAUAGAUGCAGCAUGGCACGCUUUACGAACUAGGUAUGGUAUAUCACCCGAAAAUAUUAUAUUAUAUGGCCAGAGUAUUGGGACUGUGCCAACAGUGGACCUGGCAUCGCGUUAUGAAGUGGGAGCUGUCAUUCUCCAUUCGCCGCUUAUGUCUGGAAUGAGAGUCGCAUUCCCCAAUACCAAGAGGACGUGGUUUUUUGACGCCUUUCCUAGCAUUGACAAGGUUCCAAAAGUCACAUCCCCAGUACUAGUGAUACACGGUACAGAAGAUGAAGUCAUAGACUUUUCACAUGGCCUUGCUAUUUACGAAAGAUGUCCGCGAGCAGUUGAACCUUUAUGGGUUGAUGGUGCUGGCCACAAUGAUGUUGAACUGUACUCUCAGUACUUGGAACGCCUGAAGCAGUUUGUCUCUGUAGAACUGCUCAACUGACAACUACUGCCACCUGGUGAGGAAUCAGAACAUAAUGCAACGUCAACUGUCAGCUCUGCAACCACUAGUUCAGUGACUGAAAAGCUUCUCUAGCUAACCGACACACUGACAAAUCAGACAGUUGGCGAACUAACUAAUAGUCCCACCAGUCCUCAAGACGAAAAAUCUGAGAGUGAGCCUUCAACCAGUAAACCAGCUGGUCAGCCAGAGAAAUCUUCUUGUAAGUCAUCAGCACCAACUGCAAAGGCAACCACAGCAGAAACAGUUAGUACAACAGCAGUCAUAAAUGCUCCUUAUGAACUGCCCAGAGAGACUACUUGCUAAAAGUCGGUAUUAUUUUGUGUGUGUCUGAUGAACUGUACAUAUUCAGCCUUGGACAGUUGUGCUGAUAAUGAAGAAUAAAUUGCCUAUCACAUAUUGAUUGCCUGAUAACGUUACAUAAGAAGUGAAUCCUAGUGCUUAAUAAAAAUAUGGGUUAAGAGGAGGUUAAUAGUUUCCAAAAAUUCCCCAUUGAUGUAUCAUUAUGGCAGGGAAAAUGUUAUUGUUUUACCAAUAUUGCAAUAUUACAGAAUAUAUAUGUAUAUAAAAAGAUAUAUAUAUAUAUAUUCAUUUUUGUGUACAAACAUUUGUUACAUCUUUUGUAUCGGUAAAAAAAUUGUGCGUUAAAUUAAGCAGUGUAUUGUGUACACGGACGUAAUCCAGGCAAGAAAUGACAUAAGUUAUCAAAGUGUGAUACAAGAAAUAAUAGUGAAAUCAUUCUCAGAAUUUGCUAUAUUUUAGAGCUGUACUUGUUUAUACUGAUGAUAUGCUCAUGUGCAAUUUUUGUUACUGUAAGGAUGACAAAAUACCAAGUGUGUGAAUGAGUGAUGUAGUCACUUCAUAGAGUAUAACAAAAGAAGAAGAAAAAUCACUCGAUGAAUUUACUUUUGAAUAUUCGUAUCGUGAGAAGUUCUCCAUAAUUUUAUAUAUAUUUGUGUGUGUGUGUGUGUGUGUGUGUGUGUGUCAUAUAGUGUGGUGCUCAGUUUUUAUGAGGAAAUAUUCAUAUUAUAAUUUAUUGUCUUGUGUGAGUUCACCAAGGAGAUUUCACACUCAAGAUGUUUAUUAUAUUAAAUUAAAACAGUAAACACCUUCCAAUAAAAUAUUUGUAUCUGUUAUUAAUAACUAUUCCUUCUGAUUUAUCAUGACAAUAGUUAGACCUGAACUAAAGAUACAGAAGACAGCUUUGUUCUCUUUACUUAAGACCCAAGUAAACUGAGUCUAUUUAGUUGUAGUUUACAAGUUGUUUUUUGCCCAGUGUGUUCCAUUCUUCAUAUUUUGGUUUGUGAGAUUUGUUAUGUUGGCUUAAAUAAUGCAUGGAUUUUAAAUGUAAAUCACAGAUAAUGUUGUUGUUCUAAUUCUUUAAGAAUGUUAUCUUUUGGAAAUUUUUGAGCAUUAUUGAACUUUUGCUAGCAAGACCAUAACUGUAUUUCCUCAGAAGCCUGACAAGAAGUGGGAUAAAUGAAGUUGAUUUGAUUUGUGCUCAUUUCUAUUGGAUGUUGUGCAAAAUUAAUUGUUCUUCCAGUUGCAGAUUUGUGCCUGUGUAAUACACACACUUUUUGAGGGUUGAUAUUGACGUAUGUAUUCCAGCCCUAACUGCCAAAACAUUCAGAAUUGAAAUGUGAAACCAGAUUUCCCAGUGUUGUUUUUUUAUCGGUCCUGAUAAUUUGUUUAAUUUAUAUAUUAUUGUAAGUUCAUGUAAAGAACUGGAUACAUAAUUUCUUAGACUCUCUCUCUCUCUCUCUCUCUCUCUCUCUCUCUCUCUCUCUUUCUUUUUAAAGAUAUUCUUGUGUUUAGUGGUCAUAUGAAAGGUAAUCUGUCAUACACAGACAUUUCAUUUUAUGUUGCCAUGUUUGAUACCACUAAAGGAACUACAUUGUGUUACACUACAUUUCAUGUAAUGAAGUGAUUCAGAAGAAGUUGGUCUCUCUGGUUGUACAUCUUGUUGUCACAUGUAUAUGCAAAAUGUGUUAUUUCUUUUAAAAAAAAAACCUGUUGUCAUUUGUGGUUUCAUGGAUUUCUUCUUCUGGUUGUGUGUGGUUUUUCUGCUAUGAUACAAAACUUAUCUUAAAAUAUCACUUUACAGUGAUGUUAACAAAUUGGUUUUAAUUAGCAUGAAAAAUUGAGAACCUUCAGCAGCUGAAGUGUUCAUCUUCUAACAUAGUUUUCUGUAAGAUUUUGUUUUAUUUUUGAACACUGUGCUAGUUGUGGAAUAGUAAUGCUGGGAAUUUAUAUUUACAGUUAAUGCCAGGAAAGUCACCUCUCACUGCAUUUGCAGUUCUAAAAACAGAUAGUUACUGUGAGGAGGUAAAUUUUUUCCCUGAUUCUGCAAAACCUUUUAUUUUAUUCGGUUGAAACUUUGUGAUGACAAUGUAAUACUCAGUUUAUAGAACCUUUGUCGCAUGAACAGUCCCAUUUAAAUAUUGUUACUCUUCAAAAAGAAAAAUGAAGUGUUAGAAUGUUUUGCUGAUAUGAACCAGUUAUGUCAAAUGUCCUCCAGCUUACAUUGCCAUUGUUCAGCAUUAAACUUAAUCUUUGAAAACAAAAUAAUAAUACACCAAUUAAAUAAUAAAUAUGUUCUGUAGUUGCACAAAUGCUGUAUGAACAAAUUAGGCCAAAAAACCUGUGAAGUUAUUUGGUGGAAUUUUGCAAAAUAUGGUAAUUGUUUUACAGAGUUUCCUUGUUCUUAGUAAACUGUGUCAUUGUCAUUUAGCACAAUCAAUAAUGUGGAUAUAUUGACAGAACAAAAUGUGAUGUAUAGUUUCCUUUGGAAUAUAUUCAUAAAAGAAAGGUCAGCAAGUGGUUCAGGUGUAAGCAGUGAGAGGGAUGAAUGAUGUAAAUGAGAUGCUUAGUGUAUAUACUUCAUCGAAUGCAACUAUUUCUUUGAGGCCUCAUAAGUGGACCAGCAUUUGUGUAUUACAACCAGUAAUGUGUAAUGUGGACAAUGCUGAAUUUAAUACACUAUAUUCUGAAAAAUUCUUUAUCUUUUAACACCAAAAAUAAAAGGAAUACAUUAUUUCAGUGAAUUUUGUUAUAUUUACCUAAGUAAGUGCCUCACUUUGCAAUGUAUUUUGUGCAAAAUCUGACAAUCAAAUCAAUCAUUUAAUUUUCGUUAUUUCACUACCACAUUCUAGCAACUGCCAAAGUUUAUAUGUGGAUUCUUGUCGUGUGAAUUCAUGUGUUAAAUGCAGUUGCUUUGUAGGUUCUGGACUUGCAUCUCAAAGAUGCACUUAAUAACGAAUUAGGUUUCAGUUACAUUUGUUGAGAUCAUAUAUAUUAUUAGUGUUGUACACAAAAGUUUGAAAUUUGAGCAGGAAUGCAUACUGCCAUAAUUACUUUUGAAUUAGGUAUCAGGUUAAGUGCAAUGUGGGGAGAAAGGAAGAAAAGCAGAGAAUGAUUUUUGUUUGGUAGUACUGAACUUAUUGUGCCUCUGGUUAUUAGUACUAUUAUCAUUCAAAAGUAUCUAGAGACAGAAUUCUUUUAAAAUAGUAUGAAUUCUUUUAAAAUAGUAUGAAUUCUUUUAAAAUAGUAUGAAUUCUUUUAAAAUAGUAUGAAUUCUUUUAAAAUAGUAUGAAUUCUUUUUGGUCAAUAAAUCAUAGUCUACUGUACUUAAAAUUGUGUCAUCUGUAGCCCACAUAGAAAUCAGCUACACAGGGACCAAUCGUGUCAUCCAUCUGGGCAGCAAGGUACAGAGUGAAUGUUUGAUAAUUGUUUGACUUUUAUUGUUGCAGUUCUUAAGUUAAUCUUGUACCGUGUUAAUGAAAAGGUGACUUAAUGGAUUCAUACCUUCCCUUAUUCAGUAACAAUUUUUCAAUGGAUUUUGUUUGGUAUUACAUGCUAGGUGCACAGCUGGUUUUUCUUCUCCACAAUAUCCUUUAUGGUGUCCGCUGUUAAGAAUCGUACAGUUGCUUCCAGUUAAGCAGUCUUCCAUUUGAAGAUUUUAUAGAUUCAUAUUAUUAGAGAGUAAAAGAUUUGCUUUCUGUUAAUAUUAGAAGUAAAUUUAUUUGACUUUAAUUGUCUAUGUAAGCUACCCGAAGGUAGAUAGUAGUGAACUAACAUUCUCAGAACUAAAAGCUUAUUUUUAUGAAGGUAAAGGCUGGAGAAUGAUGAAAAUAUCUGUAUCAAUAUUGUGGAUACAAAAAGAGGUAAUAAGUCACUUAGAAUUGCAUUCCAAAUAAAAAAGUAAGUACUCUGUGUAAUGCAUAUGAAAGUGAAGUGCAGGAGUGGGAGGUGUAUAAAUCAGUGUCCUAGAAAUGAUGGUGGUUGUGGUAAGAAAAAUCUUUAACUAUUGAACAGAUUGAGGGGAGUGGAUGGAGGAGGUGUUCGGAAAAAAAUGCAACAAAAAAUUUAUUAUAUAUGAUAACAAAAUGAAAGAGAAGUAAGGCGGACAAGGCAUAAAAAUUUGAGGUUUUCAUGAUGUAUUUGUUAUACAACAGAUCAUUGGUGAACUUUGUACAAUAAAUUGUAUAAAAUUCUCAAUUUAUAGAGAUUACAUGUCAAAAAUUGACCAAGACAAUUGGAUACAAUAAAGUACAAUAUCAGAAACAUCCAUUGUAAAAGAUCUCACUUCAGACUUAAAAGCAACUGUAUUUAAAGACAGGGAGACAAUUGUAAAUCUGUGCAGGUUGUGGCUGGUACUUGAGCAAGAAUGGUUUGCGCAUUGCCUGUAAGCUUGAAUUGUUUGCACCUAUUAAUUUCUGAUGUUUCAUUGUUUUCUCAAAAAUGUUGACCAUCAUGUACUUAUUAACACUCAACAGUGUCUUCUUCAGAGGUGAUGUAGAUAGUAUUAGAGAAAUGAGCUGACAAGUCUCCUUUUCUUCUUAUGGAAUAAGUAUGAGAUAAAAAGGACUUCAAACUGUUGUAUCAUGAAAUACAAAUAUAAACUUUUAUUAAUUGA